AUGUUUGCCUUCUUCCAACGCAUCUCCCGCCGUGUCCCCCCCGCCGCAACGGGCCGCCGCGGUUCCCGCCCCCUUGGCCGCCGCGCCUCCAGUGAAUCCGGACUCGGCAAGUCGACUCUCGUGAACACACUCUUCAACACCUCGCUCUACCCUCCCAAGGAGCGCAAGGGACCUAGCCUCGACAUUGUUCCCAAGACUGUCUCCAUUCAGUCUAUCAGCGCGGACAUCGAAGAAGCUGGCGUUCGGCUGCGCCUGACUGUUGUCGAUACCCCUGGUUUCGGCGACUUCGUCAACAACGACGAGUCCUGGCGCCCGAUUGUCGACAACAUCGAGCAGCGAUACGACGCCUAUCUCGAUGCUGAGAACAAGGUGAACCGCAUGAACAUCGUGGAUAACCGCAUCCAUGCUUGCGUGUUCUUCAUCCAGCCUACUGGCCACUCCCUGAAGCCUCUGGACAUCGAAGUCAUGCGCCGCCUGCACACCAAGGUCAACCUGAUUCCCGUCAUUGCCAAGUCUGACACCCUGACCGACGAGGAAAUUGUUAGCUUCAAGGCCCGCAUCCUCGCCGACAUCAAGUACCACGGAAUCCAAAUCUUCGAGGGCCCGAGGUACGAGCUCGAUGACGAGGAGACCAUUGCCGAGAACAAUGAGAUCAUGUCCAAGGUUCCCUUCGCCGUGGUUGGUGCUGGUAACGAGAUCACCACCGCCGACGGUCGCAAGGUUCGUGGCCGUGCCUACCCCUGGGGUAUCAUCGAGGUCGACAAUGAGGAGCAUUGCGACUUUGUGAAGCUUCGCCAGAUGCUCAUCCGCACCCACAUGGAGGAACUCAAGGAGCACACCAACAACACACUCUACGAGAACUACCGUACCGACAAGCUCAUCGCCAUGGGCGUGUCCCAGGAUCCCAGCGUGUUCAAGGAGGUCAACCCCGCUGUCAAGCAGGAGGAGGAGCGUGCGCUGCACGAGCAGAAGCUCGCCAAGAUGGAGGCCGAGAUGAAGAUGGUCUUCCAGCAGAAGGUCACCGAAAAGGAAAGCAAGCUCAAGCAGAGCGAAGAGGAGCUCUACGCUCGCCACAGAGAGAUGAAGGAGCAACUAGAACGCCAACGGAUGGAUCUCGAGGAGAAGAAGCAGAGGAUCGAGAGCGGUCGUCCCAUAGAGGGCAAGGAGACCAAGAAGAGGGGAGGCUUCUCGCUCCGCUAAGGUGGUCAGCGCCCCUUGACGUUGCCUUUCGCCUACUCGCUUCUUCCACGACCCCAUGUUUGAGUACCCAUGAUGCCCAUACACACAAAGCUCAAUGCGCCUCUUUGUCAGAUUCUAUUCUUGUCUUUUCUUACCACCGCCCUUCUCUCGACCUCUUUUUUUAAUCACACUCUCGCAAGCUUUCCUUUAAUCAACGGCGACCCUUCAUCGUCAUCCAAAAGUCUUUCCAUGAAGCAGUCAAGCAGUGGGUUAAUGCAGGCUAUGAACGGAAAGACAAAAUCCAGAAAAGAUUGCAGAUUGCGGAUCGAGCUUCUGCGAGGCCACGAUCAUGACGACUAGGAGUUCUUGGGGCACUUUAACCAGCGACACUGUUUUUGUCCUGCCCUUCGUGGUGGAGGGCGAAGCAAGAGACGCUGCGGAGAAGCAAUAGCUGGACAGCAGAGGCAAACUGCCGUAGCAAAGGAUCGAAAUCUUGUUCUUUUGACGGAACGGUUUCGCCACCCAUCUCGGGUUUCUCUUAAUAUGACGGCACUCUCAAUACCCCUGAUACCUUUGGAGCCUUGUUUUAUCCCUUGCAGUUCCUAUAGGGCUCCUGUCGUUGCGUAGCGCUGCACGGCUUGUUUGCGACUGUUGUGUUUGUAUUCUAGUCGGAUAAGGCUAUAGAGGUGCGGAGGUGUGGAAGAUGGGAAGGGUUUUGGUCAGUCCAUUGUGCGUCUGACGAGAGCUGUCCUCCGGUCCCUUAGCAUGUCAUUUCCCUUGCAGGUAUUCUUCCUUACUUAGUUACUGGUUUCGUCUGCGAAUUGAAGAUCAGUUUCCUG